AUGUCAUCAAUGCAUCAACUGCUCUUUGUAAUUACGAUUCCUAUCAUUUGUAAUCCUUUCAAAUUUCAUAUAAACCUUCAUUUCACAAAGCCAAAAAUGAUGAAAAAGCACUGUGUCUUGCCUUUCUCACUAGCACUGGUAGUUUCAAUUUUGUUUUUCACCACCGCUUUAGCCCAGUUAUCACCAGCUGCUUCCCCUCUAAAACCACCCCAAGCUACCCCUACAGCCCCAGCUGCAGCUCCUAAACCAUUGGUUCCCUCACUGCCAGAGUCUCCAAGUGAUGCCACCCCUGACACUCCAGCUGUUGACAUUGUUGGAAUCCUGAGGCAGGCCAAGUCAUUCAACAUCCUUAUCCGCCUCAUGAAAACCACCCAAUUGAUCAACCAACUCAAUGCUCAACUCCUCACUACUAAAUCAGGUGGCAUCACCAUUCUUGCGCCUGAUGACAGUGCCUUCUCUGAACUCAAAGCAGGCUUCCUCAACUCUCUUUCCGAUGGACAAAAGCUCGAGCUCUUACAGUUCCAUGUUCUUUCAGACUAUGUGUCUAGCUCCAACUUCGAUACUCUAACCAACCCUGUGAGAACACUUGCAGGGGCUAAACCUGGAAAGGUGGAACUGAAUGUGAUAAGUUAUGGAGGGAGUGUAAAUAUCUCAACGGGUGAGGUUAACACCACCAUCACUGGCAUCGUAUAUACAGAUAAGCAUCUUGCUAUUUACAAGGUGGGGAAGGUGCUUCUUCCUAUGGACUUCUUUGCUGUUGCUAAGGCACCAGUAAAGGCACCCUCUUUGGCUCCAGAACCAUCUGCAAAAGCUCCCAAAGCGGAUAAGGAGAAGUCACUUUCUCCAGAUUCCUCAGAUUCAUCUGAGAUUAAUUCCACAAACGCGAACUCUGGCACUGUGAAAAUCAAUAUACUUGGAAAGUGGGUGUCUCUUGUUCUUGGACUAGCCCUUGUGACUGCAUUGUCUGCGUAA